AUGCUAGCUGCAAGAGUGCGUCUUCCAAACAAGCCUUUAGUUGUGGUACCUGUUGGCGAGUGUGUUUAUAUUGGAGAUGCACAUGGUGUUUUGUAUGCACUGAAGACGCCAUACACUUCUGCAACUGCUGUGUUUCAAUCUGUAGGCCCUAUAUCUGCACUUGUAUUCUCGGGUGAUCGGUUGUAUUAUGGAAACUGGGACGGAGAUGUUGGGGUUGUGGAAGUGGAUGGCAAGAAGGCUAACUUUGGAAGGCACAUUGUGAAGUGCAUGGUGGUGCAUCAAGAUCUGAUUUAUGCUUCGGUUGGCAAUUUUGUUUAUGUAUUGGAUUUGGAUCUGGCUGUGGUGCAUGAAUAUAAAGUAGAGCAUAAGGUACUAUGCAUGAGUGUUUUUGAAGGAGCGGUGUAUUGCGGAAUGGGGGUGCCGUUUGUUGCACGAAUCGGCGACGGCAUUAUGAUUCUUGGAAAGAGUGCACAUGAAACAUCGAUUUUCUGCAUGUGUGGAGAAUACACGGGAUCUGCAGACGGAACAGUCAUGAGGCAGGAUUACAGCAGCCUAGAACGGCAUGUGGUGAUAUAUAAAGGGCAGCAGUGGAUUAGGUCGAUGCACAGCCGGUAUCUUUUUUCGGAGGGCAAGAGUGUUGUUGCAGACAUGAGCGGAAUCAAGUGUGGAUCAGGCACAGGAUUCAAACAUUUAUAUUCGCAUGAAGCGGAUGUUGUUGGGGUGGCUGCUGUUGGAAGCAAGAUUGUUUCAAUUGGGCUUGACUACAUGUAUUGUGUUUAUGACAUUGGAUUUGAAAUGAGCGAAGAGGAAGAAAGGGAGAUUGCAGAGCUGAUGGGAAGUUGA